AUGGCAUCGAUAGCCGCGUCGCUGCAGUCAGCGCUGCCGAAACCCAAAUACACUGGCGAAGAAGAAGAAGCGCCACGCCAUGCCCAGCCCCGUGGUCCGCGCAUCGUCAGUGCCGACCAACUCGACGAGACACAGGUCGUGCUGAAGAGAGCCGGCCCUCCGGCCUAUGGUCAGCGCGCAGGAUGGCGACCGCGGUCGCAGGAGGAUUUCGGCGAUGGAGGCGCCUUCCCCGAAGUUCCCGUUGCGCAGUAUCCUUUGGACAUGGGCAGAAAGGGCGAAACGAAGAGCAACGCGUUGGCCAUCCAGGUCGAUGCAGACGGAAAAGUCAAAUACGACGCGAUAGCGAGGCAAGGUCACGGCGACAGCAGGAUCAUCCAUACCUCGUUCAAGGACCUCAUUCCCUUGAGGCAACGUGCUGAUGCGGGCGAGAUCGAUCUUUCGCGACCCGACAAGGAGUCUGUGGCUGCCACGACGGAGAAGACGAAGGCUGCCUUGGCAGCGCUGACGGGAAGCGCGGUUGCUGCGCAGAAGCCCAAGGCGUGGAACAUGGCGGAGCGCAAGGACGCCACAUUCGUACGGUACACACCCGCGAACCAGAUGGGCGACAACUCGAAGAAGCAAGACCGCAUCAUGAAGAUUGUCGAGCGUCAAAAGGAUCCCAUGGAACCACCCAAGUUCAAGCACAAGAAGAUCCCCCGCGGACCUCCGUCGCCACCUCCCCCCGUCAUGCACUCACCUCCCCGCAAACUCACAGCCGAAGACCAGGAGAACUGGAAGAUUCCGCCGCCCGUCUCGAAUUGGAAGAACCCCAAGGGUUUCACGAUCGCGUUGGACAAGCGAUUGGCCGCGGACGGACGCGGUCUCCAGGACGUGGACAUCAACGACAAGCAUGCACAAUUUGCUGAGGCGAUCAAAAUGGCCGAACGACACGCUCGUGACGAGGUGCAGCAGAGGGCCAAGAUGCAACAGAAGUUGGCAGAAAGGGAGAAGGCACAGAAGGAGGAGAGCUUGCUUGAGUUGGCACGACAAGCACGUGCCGAACGCGCAAAUGCUGGACAAAAGAAGCGGCGGGACUCGAACGACUCGCGUUACUCGAGGGACUCGCGAGAUUCGAGAUCAAGGUCGAGAAGCUACAGCGAGUCGGAGUCGGGCGCUUCGGACAGUGAAGACUCUGAAGUGCGUGAGCGUCAACGAGCUCGCAAGGAGAAGCACCGGGAGGAGGAGCGGAAGCUCAGGAAGAACAGGAUGGGCGCUGAGCGCCGCAUGCAGGUGAUGGCGCGCGAGCAGGACCGUGACAUUUCGGAGAAGAUUGCUCUUGGCCUAGCGAAACCGACUCAGUCCAAGGAGACCAUGUACGACUCACGACUGUUCAACCAGUCCAGCGGCUUCAACAGCGGCUUCAAUGAGGACAACGCCUACGACAAGCCGCUGUUUGCCGCCCAAGAUGGAAUCAACAGCAUUUACCGACCUCGCGCAAACGCCGACGACGACGAUGACCCCGAGGCUGGUGACAAGGAGAUGGCCAAGAUCCAGAAGUCGAGCCGAUUCGGCGAGGCGCUGGGCAGGGGAACAUUCAAGGGGUCAGGUGACGUUGAGGCUCGUGAAGGUCCUGUGCAAUUCGAGAAAGAUGCCACCGAUCCUUUCAACGUCGAUAAGUUUCUAUCCGAGGUGGAGCAGUCCAGCUCAUCGAAACGGGGGUUUGGUUUACAGGAGGACGGUGGCCGCACGAGCAAACGUGCUCGUGUAGAAGGGGAGGACGACUAA